AUGCGUUUCUUCUCGACUGCCGUCGCCGCGCUCGCCGCCGUCCAGGGCGCCUACGCCGUCGACACCCAGAAGUCCAUCAUCGUCAGCUUCCCGAGCGAUACCGCCGACGACGUUGUCAACAGCGCCAAGGAUGAGAUCCGCAAGGCCGGCGGCAUCAUCACCCACGAGUACCAGCUCAUCAAGUACGCUACCCCCUCGGACCUAUAUGUACAGCUGGGCUUUGCCGCCAAGGCAUCCGAGAAGAUCAUCGAGACGAUGUCCGUAUGGAGCGCCGAGUUCAACGCCGUCAUCGAGGAAGACCAAGUCGUCGAGAUCAACAAGAGCUCCAACUAG